AUGGAAUGGGGUUGUCCUUGCUGUGUGCCGUCGUCCUUCGAGCCUACAGACUACGAGGUCCUGGCCCGUCUUCGCAGCUCGAGGAAAGCAGUUCGAUUGCGGGCCCAAGCAUGUGCUGCAACGAUUUCCAGUGUCGAUGCAUCGGAGCAAGCUGAUGAACCACCAGAACCACCAAACAGGUCCAGACCCGACGACAGACAUGACAGACGUAACGUGGUUGCAGCUGGCCAGAACCGCUUUGAAGGAAGCGGCGGCUUGCAGCCGCAGCCCGACUGGGAGCAAUUGACUGAACGUGUAGCUUGCGUACUGGCACAAAAUCCCUCAUCGUUUACGCUGAAUGGCACCAACUGCUACUUGGUUGGCACGGGCCGUCGACGCAUCUUAGUUGACACAGGAGAGCAACAUUUCGGAGCCGACGCAUUCAUGAACAACCUUAGCAGAUGCCUUGCGGAGCUGGGCGUGGAAGGUUUGGACGGCAUCGUCAUCACACACAUGCACCAUGAUCAUUACGGGAACGUUGGAAGGCUGCAGGAGAAGUACGGUCCAAUUCCAGUGUACUCGCGAGAAUUUUCCAGCGCGAGCUUUGCUUUAAUAUCAGAGCUCCGGAAGCGAGAUCAGCUGAAGUACUUGCAAGGGUUUGAUGGCCGUCCCCGAUAUAAUCCACUCAAGGACACUGCACCGAUGAUGUUGCCUGAUACGCUUGACUUGGAGUGGGCAGCGGACAGGGUGAAGUACGUGCCAGGCAAGAACGUAGCGGAGAAGCUCCAGUGGCAGUUUUACUUCGUGUGGAACUCCCAGGACUUGCUUGAUCGCCUCCGCAGUGGGGAAUACCCCUGGGAGGCAUUGGACACAGGAGAUAGCAUCUCGACCGAGGGGGCGACACUAACAGCUCUGCAUAUGCCAGGACAUUCAGAGGACCACAUGUGCUUCCUACUGGAAGAAGAACAUUCCCUCUUUUCAGGUGAUCAUGUGUUGGGCUGGGGUACCACCUUUGUGGUUGAAAUGAAAGACUACAUGGAGUCCCUCAGGAAGAUGCUGCACAUGCAUCCCGUCAGCUUGUUCCCGGGGCAUGGUGCCUACAUCAAAGAUGGAGUUGAGAUCCUUCAACGCUACAUUUCCCACAGACAGAAGCGGGAAGAGCAGGCAUGGCGAGCAUUAGUCAAGCGCUCGGAGCCGGUGUCUAUCGAGGAGAUUGCUCGAGAGCUCUAUCCAAACACGCCCUAUGAGCGGAUGUGGAUGGCAAAGAGCAAUGUGGAGGUGCUUUUCAGAAAAUUCGUGGCUGAUGGGGCCGCCGCUGUGUGGAAACCUGAAGUUACAUACAUGGAAUCAUCGCGCCUUCGCAGAAUGCGGGCUUUGCCCAGCGGUUAUGUAGAGCGUAAUCUUCCCGAUGCCUAUGUGUGGGCUGCGCGGCGUUCGCUGGCCAAGCUCUGA